AUGAAAAGAGUCUUCAAAUCCCUGUACGUCUUGGACGUAAUCCAGAUACCGGAGGUUCUCAAAACUCUCUACAAACUAGUCGAGGCUCUGGGUAAGCUUCAAAAAGCUUUGGGUGAGUACCUCGAGCAUGAGCAAUCCUCCUUCCCCCGGUUCUACUUCGUCGGUGAUGAAGAUCUACUCAAAAUCCUCGGGAACAGCAAGGAUAUUCUCCGGGUCGUCAAGCAUCUCAAGAAAAUACUCGAGUUGCAGAUGCAAUUUUCCCUGGCCGAGCUGCUCUGCAAGGCUGUCGAUGAGCUUGUCACAUUCUACACCCAAGGCGAAUCGCUUGACAAGGCCAAAUUUCUUGCAUGGAUCAAAUCUUACCCCGCUCAGUUGGUUGUGCUUGCAAUCCAAAUCAUGUGGACUCAAACAAUCAACAACGCGCUGCGAAACGACACUGCUUUAUCGGCCCCCCUUCAAACUGUCUUGCGCACAUUAGAUCUGCUCGCUUUUGUUCUCGGAGAACUAGAUCCUGUCAUGCGACAAAAGUGCGAGCACUUAAUAAACGAGCUGGUGCAUCAAAGAGAUGCUCUACACAGUCAAUUGGGAGGGUCUCCAUUUGGACCAGCUGGGACGGGCAAAACCGAGUCCGUCAAAGCGCUCGGAGUUCAGUUGGGCCAAUUUGUUCUUGUUUUCUGCUGUGACGAGACAUUUGAUUUCCAAGCAAUGGGCCGGAUUUUUGUCAGACUCUGUCAAGUCGGAGCUUGGGGCUGUUUUGACAAGGCAAAUCGAUUGGAGGAAAGCAUCCUCAGUGCCGUGUCUCAGCAAAUACAAAGUAUCCAGCAAGGCUUGAAAGCUGCCUUGGUCAACCCUAACGCAGAGGUAGAAUUAGUCGGAAAAACGUUGAAGAUUAAUCCCCAUACUCAUGGGAUUUUUAUCACGAUGAAUCCUGGAUAUGCUGGUCGAUCAAACUUACCAGACAAUCUGAAGAAGCUCUUCAGAAGUAUGGCGAUGACUCUCCCGGACCGAGAAUUGAUUGCCCAGGUGAUGCUGUUCUCCCAAGGAUUUCGGACCGCUGAAACCCUCGCAUCCAAGGUGGUUCCUUUCUUCAGUUUGUGUGACGAGCAGCUUUCCAAGCAGCCCCAUUACGACUCCGGAUUGCGGGCCCUCAAGGCUGUCCUCACAAGUGCCGGCCAUCUCAAGCGCUCCCAACUUCAAACCAGUAGCUCUUUGGCUGCCGAUAGUCUCUCUGAUUCGUCCAAUAGUCGCGCGGAACAAGAAAUUUUGGUCCAAAGUGUCACUGAAACUACAGUUCCUAAGUUGGUGGCGGAUGAUAUCAGAGAGACUAUCGGCAGCCAAAGAGCUGCUGGUUUGAAGUUGGGAGCGCUUGAGAUGGCCGGCACUUGUGAGGACAGCCUUGUGCGACAUGCACCCCUGGUAAUGGUCGAUUAUCCUGGAGAAGCGUCAUUGAAACAGAUCUACGGUACCUUCAACAGAGCCGCCUUGAAAGUCGUCCCCAACUUGCGAGGCCAUGCAGAGCCCCUCACAUCAGCUAUGGUCAAGUUUUAUCUGGCUUCCCAAAAGCGUUUUACGUCCGACAAUCAAGCACAUUACAUCUACAGUCCUCGUGAGUUGACCCGAUGGACUCGAGGUAUCCAUCAAUCCAUCAAACCUUUGGAAACACUCUCCUUGGAAGGCCUCGUUCGAGUUUGGGCCCACAAAGCACUCCGCUUGUUUCCAGACCGAUUGGUCUCAGAGGAUGAGAAGCGGUGGACAGACGAACAAAUUGAUGCGAUGGCCAUCCAACAUUUCCCCAGUCUCGAUCAGUCUGAGGCGCUUGCUCGGCCGAUCCUCUUUUCUAACUGGACCUCUAAGCACUGCAUCAGCGUCGAUCGAGAUCAAUUGCGUGAUUACUUGAAGGCAAGGCUACGGGUGUUUUAUGAAGAGGAACUUGAUGUGCCAUUGGUCUUGUUCAACAAUGUACUCGAUCAUGUCUUGAGAAUCAAUCGUGUAUUCCACCAAGUUCAAGGUCAUCUACUUUUGAUCGGUGUAAGCGGGAGCGGAAAAACUACUCUAUCUCGAUUUGUUGCGUGGAUGAACGGCUUGAGUGUGUUUCAAAUCAAAGUGCACAACAAAUACACCGCCGACGACUUGGACGAUGAUUUGAGGAACGUUUUGCGCCGGUCUGGUUGCGAAGCUGAGAAGAUAUGUUUCAUCAUGGACAAAUCUAAUGUACUCGACUCUGGAUUCCUCGAAUGCAUGAAUACUCUUUUGGCCAAUGCGGAAGUGCCCGGUUUAUUCGAAGGCGAUGAACACGCUGCGCUGAUGACGGCUUGGGCCCAGCGUGAUGGUGUUGUGCUGGACUCUCCUGACGAGCUCUACCAAUGGUUUACUCAACAGGUUGCCAAAAACCUACACGUGGUGUUUACCAUGAACCAACCGGAAAAUGGUCUGGCCUCACGAGCGGCCACCUCCCCAGCUUUGUUUAACCGCUGCAUGUUGGAUUGGUUUGGAGACUGGUCCGAUCAAGCGUUUUACCAGGUUGGAAUGGAAUUCACGAGCAGUUUGGAUCUUGAUACCAGCCAAUACGUACCACCGGCGAACUUCCCAGUCGUCUAUCGACAGCUAUCACUUCCUCCAGUCCAUCGAACUGCCAUUAUCAAUGCCUUGGUUGCUGUUCACAUGUCAAUGUACAAAACCAACCGCCGCUUGGCCCACUGA